CAUUGUAGCAUGUCUAAAAUCUAGAUUCAUCUUAUAAUUGAUGGUAUCUUAAUUGGUAGCAUUUCUCCUUAAUUGUUGGUACAGAAAAUAAGGAUGUAAUUUAUGUUCGAUGGCAUCUUAGAUUUGAUGAAACACAGUAUUUAAAUGUGUUCCCAUGGAAAGGUUUAUAUCAAUCCAACAGUUUUAAGUACCAGGUAGAGACAACGAUUUUCCAGUUUCUAACCUAGUUCUCUUUUAAAGUCCAGAUCUGCAUGCAUGAUUAACUGAAUCUCCCUUUGAUACCACAGGGAUCCCUGUUUCAAUAUGUGUACUUUCCAAACAAACUUGUCUUUUAGUAUUCCAUCUCAGUAAUGGAAUCUACAUUUGUGAAGCUAAAAAGCUAGGAGUUUGCCAGGUUUUGAAUCCUACUUCUACCCUAUACUACUUAUAAAGAGACACAGUGAAACGUUUGCCUUUAUUCUUCACCUGUAAAAUGGGUACCAUAAUAACACCUACCCCCUGAAGUGGUUACGACAAUAAAACAUGGAGUACAUGUUAGCUGCCACUAAUCUUCAUGAUAAAUAUCUGUGACCUCUCUCCUUAACUCUAUACAUGUAAUUUCAUCAUGAAACCCUGUGAGAGGAAUUAAGUGAUCUACAACGUGACCCACCUGCUCAUUGUUCAGCUGGACCUGUGGGAGAUGACUUGUUCCACUGGCAAGCAACUAUUAUGGGACCUCCUGAUAGCGCCUAUCAAGGUGGAGUCUUCUUUCUCACUGUACAUUUUCCAACAGACUAUCCUUUUAAGCCACCAAAGAUUGCUUUCACAACAAAAAUUUACCAUCCAAACAUAAACAGUAAUGGAAGUAUUUGUCUUGAUAUCCUGAGGUCACAAUGGUCACCAGCUCUGACUGUAUCAAAAGUUUUAUUGUCCAUAUGUUCUCUACUUUGUGAUCCUAAUCCCGAUGACCCCUUAGUACCAGAUAUUGCACAAAUCUAUAAAUCAGACAAAGAAAAAUACAACAGACAUGCAAGAGAAUGGACUCAGAAAUAUGCAAUGUAAAAACAAAAAAAAUUUUCAUAUAUACCAGAGUACUGUAAAAUCUAGGUUUUUUUCAACAUUAGCAGUAAAUUGAGCACUGUUUACUGUUUCAUUGUACCAUGAAAUCUUUGAUUUUUAUCCAUUUUACAUGUAUUUCUGAAGCAAGACAGACUUCCAAAAAUAUCCUUAAGACUGUGAUGAGAGCAUUUGUCAUUUUGUAUGCAUUGAGAAAGACAUUUAUUAUGGUUUUUAAGAUACUUGGACAUCUGCAUCUUCAGCUUACAAGAUCUGCAGUGCAUCUGAAAAGCAACCAAAUUAUUUUUUGCUGAAACUAGAUGUUUUUACAUGAGAAAUACUGUAUGUGUUGUCUAAGAUGUUAUCAGUUUUAUAAAUCUGUAUUCAGAUUUCAUUCUUUGUUAGCUCACUUUAUAAUUUGUAUUUUUUUACUGUAUAGACUAAAUAUAUUCUAUGUACAUGUACCUAAACUCGUUACCUUUUUCCUGUGAACAGUAUUGAAAAAACCCAACAACUGGUAAUUAAAUGAAUUAACUGUCUGUCUCCCUUGUUUUAGGGUAUUCUGUAGAUUGAGUGCAGAUUUCUUAAACCUGAAAUGAUCUUUACACUGUAAUUCUCAGUAUCCUGAUUAUGGAGAAACACUUGUUUUGAUUUUGUUAUACUUGACUUAACGCAAUGUGAAUUAAUUGCACUGCUAAGUAGGAAGAUGUGUAACUUUUAUUUGUUGCUAUUCACAUUUGAAUUUUUUUUUCUGUAUAGGCAAUAUUAUAUUGACAUCUUUUACAGAUAUUAAUGUAGCUUUUUCCAUAUAAAUAAAAUGCUUUUUCUACUA